AUGACUGCGGCGAUAACUCGGACGAAGAGGAUUGUGGUGAAUACCGUUGUCCACCGGGUAAAUGGCACUGCAAUGGUACCGGUCAUUGUAUUGAUGAACUACGAUUGUGCGAUGAGGCUAAAGCGACUGCGAAUGAGGCGGCUGAUUGAGAUGAGUUGCUCGCAGAAUUUGUGCCCAUCACUCGGUUGCCAAGCAGGCUGUCAUGCUUCACCUCAUGGAGGAGUUUGCACGUGUCCAAAUGGAUAUAAACUGGACGAGCGAUUCCACAGGACUUGUUCAGAUGUGAACGAAUGCGCUGAAUUCGGUUAUUGUGAUCAGCUAUGCGCCAAUCAUCGUCCAGGUUUCACCUGUUCCUGUAUUGGGGAAUGCUAUUCCUUGCAGAUGGUUCAUGGUCCCGGACAGGAUAACCUCACAGCUCGUGGGUAUUGUAUUUCGCAAAAUCCCGAAACGAUGAAGUUGUUCGUGGCACGGAGGGAGGGGCUUUACAAGCUUGAUCCUACCGGUCCCAACACGGAACCAAAGCGGCUCGCCUCAGGAGAAUUCAUUUAUGGAAUCGACUUUGAUUACGGGGACAGAAAGAUCUUCUGGACAGAUCGACUUUCGCAUUCGGCUUUCAGUGCUGACGUCGACGAAAGUGGCGAUAUUUCUCAUAUAAAGAAACUCGGUCUAAAGUCGCUGGUUUAUCCGCGAUCACUCGCCGUUGACUGGAUCACGAACACGCUCUAUAUUAUUGAAUCAGGUUCUCGUCGUAUCGACGUCUCCUCCUUUGAUGGUGAUCGACGAACGGUUCUCCUUGCUGAUGGCCUUACUCUACCUCUUGAUAUCGCUCUGGACCCUCUUAGAGGUGAAAUGUUCUUCACCAACCAGUUUAAAGUUGAGGGAGCUGCUAUGGACGGAUCACGACGUCGCACUUUGAUCAAUACCCAUACUCAUCAGGUUUCUGGAAUUGUCGUGGACAUUCCAGCACGACGAGUGUACUGGGUAGAUCCAAAGGUCGACAGGGUGGAAAGUAUCGAUUACCAGGGUAAUGAUCGCCGUAUCGUCUCACAAGGAAUGAACAAUGUACCACAUCCGUUCGGUUUGGCGCUAUUCGAUCAGUACUUGUAUUGGACGGACUGGACCCGACUCGGCGUUGUAAAGAUCGAAAAGUUUGGCUCACCGUCAGAAAUCAUCUGGACCAACAAGGAGAACAAUGUGUUUCCUAUGGGCAUUUCUGCGUACCAUCCCAUGGCACAACCUGGACCAUCUCAAAGCGAUUGUCUUGCGCAAAAGAUUGAUAACCCUUGUGCGACAGCCGACUGUGAGGGCAUGUGUAUUCUGUCAAAGGAUGCCGGCGGUUUCGGAGUUGGGUACACAUGUGCCUGCCCAAUUGGCCAGAAACUGCACUUCGAAGGAAAAGAAAUGUGUCGAUGCAAUCGAUUACCUCCUUUUUCGAGCAACGUUCGUCCGGGGUAA